CUACAAAGUAGCUAUAUUGGCUGUCGUAAAAAUGUAUGAAAACCCUGCUUUUUGGGGUAAAUUUACGGUUAGACAUAAUACGAGCAGUGUGAUUUGGCUUAUCUUUAAAACCAGGUUUUAAGAAGAUACAUUGUAGAAAUAGACGGGGUUUAGUCAUAAUUAUGACUUUGUGGAUACUAGUGACAACCACGUCCCUUCCAUGAUUAUCAACGUUACUGUUGCUGGCUACAUCAAAUAAAAUAUCGUCAGAUAACGAACAUUAAUUGUAGUGUCAAGAUGACUGCUUAUAAACGUCCGCUGAUGGGAACUGUCACAUGAGGAACAGGCUAAUCAGCGCUAAGGACAGAGGGAGGCACAUUAACUUCCUGACAACAACAAGAUGAGGAUUUCAAAGCGCUGUGGCUCCAACAGACGUUUGUUGUUGCCCUUGAUGGUCCUUGGGUUGAUGAUCUUACUGGCAGUUGUAACCCUUAAUUGGUUUGAUACUGAAUCACAGAUGCCUUUGGCAUGGCACGUGGAUCCCAACCACCGAAAGCUUGUGCACUCUUUUGUACGGGGUGUUCUUUCGAACCAGUGCAGACCAGCCUUUGCCAGAAAGGGAGUAGAAGCAAGGCUCCAGAUUUCUAGUCAUGUGACUGAUCCUUUCCUGUGGCGGGACACACUGCUGACUCCAGAGAUGUUCAAGUACCCCCCACCAUUCGGGUUCCGUGACAUGCAUGGCAAACUGAAGGAUGUUCUCAACCUCCUCCCUGCUCAACCAGAGCAGCUGAAGAAAGAGUGCAGACGCUGUGUGGUCAUGGGAAAUGGAGGAAUCCUCCGUGGCCUUGAGCUGGGCACCCUGCUUGACCAGUUUGAUGUUGUCAUUAGGCUAAAUAGUGGUCCUUUGAGGAACUACAGUAAAGACGUGGGGAACCGGACCUCCAUCCGGAUGAGCUACCCAGAGGGAAGCCCCAAGGUCUGGGAAGAUGUGGACCCUGAGCUGCAGUUUGUGGCGGUGGUCUACAAGGCUGUAGACUUCAAUUGGAUCAGAGCAAUGAUCAACAGACAGAGAGUUUCCCUUUGGGACUGGCUGUUUUUCUGGCAGAAAGUGCCAGAGAAGAUUCCAGUAGACCUAUCAAAGUUCCGUUUGUUGAAUCUGGAGAUCAUCAGGCAGAUGGCGAUGGACCUGUUAGCCUACCCCUCCCCACAGCAACGCCUCUGGGGCUGGGACCAGAACGUGCCCACCAUGGGCAUCUCAGCCCUCAACCUGGCCACCUACCUGUGUGACGAGGUCAGCCUAGCAGGCUUUGGUUACAACCUCAGCCAGAAGGAGAUGCCCCUGCAUUACUAUGACAAUAUACCCAUGACGGCUAUGCUGGAGCAGAACAUGCACAACGUGGACCGUGAGAGGGCUCUCCUCCAGAGCCUGGUGAGGGAAGGGACUGUAUCAGACCUCACAGGGGGCCUGCACUGCACCUUCUGCCCCAGCUGAAAGAGACUGAUCUAGGCCUGCAGCGCAGCUAGCGACACACCAACGAUCUACCUUCCACUGACUUAUCAUUCCAAAACGUUUCACCCUGAGAACAGCAUUCCAAUUUAAUUCCAUGGAAUUCAAAAAGUUGAUUGAGACUAUGGAUCUGGGGACUUGACUGAAAACUCUUCUAUGUUCUAGUGCAUGCCAGCAUAUUGAUUCUGCAUGGACUAGAUGUGCCGACAUGAUGGGGAACAGUGAAGCUGUACACUUCUCCCCUGCGCAGUUGAAAACGACAAGCCUAAAGAUGUACUAGUACAGCUUUUACAAAUCCCUCUAUAAGGGAAGUAUUAUCACUGCUAAACUUAAAUGUUUUUUGUAUUUUAAGAGCUAAUGGAUAAUUACUUAAUUAAAUCUUAGCAUAAAGUUGAUGCUAAAAAGUGUACAAACAUUACCAUAAUUAUUGUGAAGAAUGAACAGAUUGACUAACAACAGAUAAUUAACAUUAGCUUUUUUAUGCUUUUGAUUUUAAGUUGAAUGUCCAGUUUGUUCACGAGAUGUCUGAAUUUGGUUGUGUUUUUACAUUUUUCUAAUGUAAUUAUUAGAUUAUUUUUAUUAUAAUAAUGUAUGUUCUCAGUGCUUGACUUGGAUACAGGAGCUCUACAAUACUUUUCAAGAUAAUAUUCUAUAAGAGGAACAGGAGCUCAAGCAGUAAUUUGAGGUGCUGGCACUUGGCUCCGGUGAGCUUGUGCCCAAAUAAUUUUAUAAAAAAUUAUUGAAUGUUUUGUUUUUUAAUGUCGCCAUAAUUGGCCUGGUUGUCAGUAAAGAAAAAAGAUUUGAACUUACA